GUUCCCCGUCGCGAGCCCUGGACGGCUUUUGCGAGUGCGCAUGCGCGCCCUGCCAGCCAGCCAGGCGAGCUCCUAGGAAGGGAGGAAAGAAGGCAGUCAGUCAGUGGCUCUAGUUUCGGGGGAAGACGGUGUUGGGCAGCAGGUAGAGGAAAGAGCUCAAGAUGAAAAACUUUUUAAAUAAUGUUGAGAACAUUAAAACAAAUAUGAAUGAAUGAUGAUGGAUUUGUCUUUUAUGAUGACAGCAUGACAGUGGAGCAGCUUGGAGCAGACAAAGUGUUCUUCUGUGUCAUGAAUGUGGAAGGCCUGGACCCCAUUUUUCCUCUUCUCAACUGCAUUUUGGAAUUUUUGACGAAUAUUAUUUGAAAACUGUUUCCCUUGCCAAAAUCUGCUGUAGUCACAACUGAUGGAUCAUUAUAGAAGAAAUCUGAAACUUUUUUUCCUGUUUUGAAAAGUGACAACUGGACUUUUUAAAGGAUUCACAGCAUUGUUCACCAGAGCACAAAUAAUAAUAAGAAAACACAAGGGCAGCCUUCCAACGUGUCCCCCACUCCCCCUUGAAAUAAAAGGCUUUACAGCUCAACCUUGCACCAGCUGUUACCCAGAUUUCGCUGUCAAGAGAAAAAUAAAUAAAAUUAAACAAGGACUGUCAGACAGACAGCCCCAGUUCCUGAUGAAAUCGGGGAGAGUGCUCUUAUAUUAGGAGACAAAUACAUUGGGGGAUGUGGAAGAAAGAUGUGUGCAAAACUGGCAGAUUUGAUAACAGGAUAACCUCUUUCUGAGCAGACACAAAAAUGUACUGCUUUAUACAAAGAGCAGAUUAGAAAGAAGAAACUUUGUGCAACGCCUGCCUAGGAAGAUACUGUGGGCUUUCCCAAAAUAAAGUAGUGAUAUAUGAAACCCCAAAACAAAACUUGUUGACACCUUGUGUUUUUUCUCAUCGUUUUCUUUGGAGUGGUCAUCUCUAUCAUCCUGCUCUUUUCACUGGAAAAGUCCACUAUAACUACUUUAUUUGCUACAUUUCUCAACUAUUUAUGUCAGAUUCAGAAGAGGACCCUCUCCAGUAGCUCCUUGAAGGAGUUCAUUUUCUUCCAGAGCUUGCUUGGUUCAAGAACUUGCAUAAUUUUCACUGUUUGUGCUGAAUUACUAACAUUUUAAAAUGGAGUAUAAGCUCCUAUUUUAUAUUUUUAAAAUUUCUCUUGCCCUACAGAAGUCUUGGAAAUAGGCACUGAAUUCCCUCAUUUCUUUCAUUACACUUAUUUCAGUUGUUAAUGCUACUCCUAUUCAUAUUGGUGUCAGUACGGUCUUGAGUGUACUAUAAGUCUGUUCUUAUUCAACACAACUUCUCAAGAACUUGGAUAACUGUUUAAGACUCUUCCUGCACACAUUGAUUUCCAGUUUGGAGGUCCCACUUCCCUUUUUUCUUGUACUUUCUGAGUCCAGUUGGGCCUGGGCUAUGCUGCAGGGCGGAUCAUCCACCAGAGCUCCAACAUGCCAGCAGCAUCUGGAAAGAGAUUCAAACCCAGCAAGUAUGUCCCAGUAUCGGCAGCUGCAAUCUUCUUAGUAGGAGCCACAACUCUCUUCUUCGCUUUUACGUGCCCUGGGCUCAGCUUCUAUAUCUCUCCAUUCAUACCCAUUUACAAUGCUGUGGUUUUUCUCUUUGUACUGGCCAACUUCAGUAUGGCCACCUUCAUGGAUCCAGGCAUAUUUCCUCGAGCUGAAGAAGAUGAGGAUAAGGAAGAUGACUUCCGAGCUCCACUAUACAAGACUGUGGAGAUAAAAGGUAUUCAGGUGCGCAUGAAAUGGUGUGCAACAUGCCGCUUCUACCGCCCCCCACGCUGUUCCCAUUGCAGUGUCUGCGACAACUGUGUAGAGGAGUUUGACCAUCACUGUCCCUGGGUCAACAACUGCAUUGGACGGCGCAAUUACCGCUAUUUCUUCCUCUUCCUGCUCUCACUUACAGCACAUAUCAUGGGUGUGUUUGGUUUUGGCUUGCUCUAUGUUUUGUAUCAAGUAGAGGAGCUCUCUGGGAUCCGAAUGGCUGUGACCAUGGCUGUGAUGUGUGUAGCUGGCUUGUUUUUCAUUCCUGUAGCUGGCCUUACUGGAUUCCAUGUCGUACUGGUAGCCAGAGGACGCACUACCAAUGAACAGGUUACAGGCAAAUUCCGGGGUGGGGUAAACCCAUUCACCAAUGGUUGCUGUAAAAAUGUCAGUCGUGUCCUCUGCAGUUCCCCAGCCCCCAGGUAUCUUGGGCGACCAAAGGCAGAGCAGACUGUAUUAGUGAGGCCACCAUUCCUGCGGCCAGAAAUAUCAGAUGGGCAGAUUGCUGUAAAGAUAAUGGACAAUGGUAUCCAGGCUGAGCUGACAAGAACAAAGUCCAAAGGAAGUCUUGAAGUGAUGGAGAGCCAGUCCGCUGAUGCUGAGCCACCACCCCCGCCCAAGCCAGACCUCAGCCGCUACACAGGUCUGAGGACGCAUUUAACCCUGACCACCAAUGAGGACAGCAGUUUGUUAGGCAAAGACAGCCCACCAACUCCUACUAUGUAUAAGUACAGACCUGGUUAUAGCAGCAGCAGCACUUCAGCUGCAAUGCCUCACUCCACCAGCGCCAAGCUAAGCCGAGGAGACAGCCUGAAAGAGCCAACCUCCAUUGCUGAGAGCAGUAGAAACCCCAGCUACCGCUCUGAACCAAGCCUGGAGCCAGAGAGUUUUCGUUCUCCCACUUUUGGGAAGAGUUUCCAUUUUGAUCCACUUUCCAGUGGCUCCCGCUCUUCUAGCCUCAAGUCUGCCCAAGGCACGGGCUUUGAACUGGGCCAUCUUCAGUCAAUCCGCUCUGAGGGUACCACAUCAACAUCUUACAAGAGCUUGGUGAACCAGACACGCAAUGGGAGCUUGUCAUAUGACAGCCUUCUCACGCCAUCAGAUAGCCCUGACUUCGAGUCUGUGCAGGCAGGCCCAGAGCCAGAGCCCCCCAUGGGUUACACUUCUCCUUUCCUAUCUGCCCGAAUUGCUCAACAACGAGAAGCUGACCUGCACAGUCGUUUUCCAAGCUCUGGCUCACCCAAACACCAGCCACCCCGUGAUUCUUCACCUGUUCGCUAUGACAAUCUUUCACGCCACAUUGUGGCCUCCAUGCAGGAAAAGGAGAAGCUACUGCAACAGUUUCCUACACCACCACCUCUAGCCAAAGAGGAGGAUACAGGUCUGGGGGACUCAGGCAUCCAGUCCACACCAGGCUCCAGCAAUGCCCCACGUACCAGCUCCUCCUCGGACGAUUCAAAGCGCUCCCCUCUGAUCAAGAACCCACUCACCCGCCCAGUGGCACCUCGUUUUGGCAAACCAGAACCAUCACAUAUGCUCAGAGUGCGCUCCUUGGGUUCACCAGACCAGCCUGCUGCCCCACAUUUGGGCAAAUCUGUGUCUUACAGCAGCCAAAAACAGUCACCCCAGGCCAUCGUCCCAGAGACUGAGGAGGUGGCCUUGCAGCCUUUAUUGGCACCAAAAGACGAGGUGCAGAUGAGACCCUCCUACAGCAAGUCCAAUGGGCAGCCCAAGAGCCUGGGCUCAACCUCACCCACCCCUGGUCAGCCACCUCUCAGCAGCCCCACUCGUGGAGGAGUCAAGAAGGUCUCUGGAGUGGGUGGGACUACGUAUGAAAUCUCUGUAUGAGGAGGUGAUCUCCCCAUUGUCAACUCCUCCCUGACUGAUUCCAAAACAUCCUGUCCCAGAUGAGCAGGAGACAGGAAUUUGUUCAGCAAAUGGUUACCCCUUCAGUGCAUGGACAUCUUUUAUGAAUCCAGUUGGGUAUGAAAGAGAAGAGAGGGGACAAGUACAUUUUUAAACUAAACUGUCUGGGAUUGGGAGAGUCCCUAAACACUACAACAGGCUCCCAGCCUUGCUCACUUCCACCGCCUGCACUCUUCCUCUCAAUCAACCAAAAGACUGCAAUUUGUAGCGCACACUGCCGAGAAGGAAGGGGGAGGGGUUUGCUGUCACCAUCCUUCUGUGGGAGAAGGUACUGGUUACAGCCUGCCCCACUACCAGCAGGACAGUCAACUCUGGACCUCGUGCAAUUGCUCACCUAGUGCGGUAGGAGUGGAUCAUCUAAACAAAUUUUUUUAUUAUUCUUAUGGAUUCUAUUUUUUUCUCUUUGAGUUGCUGGGUGUGUGUAUAUAUAAAUAUCUAUAAAUAUAUAAAUAUAAAUCUAAAAAGAAAUUAUAUAUCUACCCAUAUUGAGGGAGACAAGCCCAGGCAAUCUCCAUUUGCUGGGCUUGAGCAAACUAUGUAUAAAUCAUAUACAUUCAAGGGAGUCUUGGGGGGUGUAUUGGGUCAGCCACGUGGUUUACUUUGAAUGGGUCAGAUGGCCCA